AUGUUUCCCAUGUCAGGAAAACAAGUCGCAGCACCAGCUACGGAACCGACGCCAACACCAGAAAAACGAGAUUCAGAUAGAGACGCUACAUAUAAGAUGGAGGAAGGACAAGGAGAAUUAGCCGCAAUCAGCGUCGGUUCUCGCAUACCAGAGUUUUGGACUGCAAUGCCGAGACUGUGGUUUUUCCAACUAGAAACCAUAGUACGCCCGCAAAAGUUAGGAGACGCAGCGAAAUACGACCUUGUUAUCACCAAAUUAGGAUGCGAAACACUGCAGCAAAUCAGUGAUAUCUGUUUUUCACCACCUGAAAACAACAAGUACGAUGCUAUAAAGGAGCGGCUCUUGCAAGUGUAUGAAGAAAGUGCAGACAGACAGUUCCAGAAACUAGUAAGUGAAAUGGAUUUGGGCUCACAAAAACCGUCACAUUUACUACGGCGCAUGAAGGAACUUGGCCGAAAUACCCAAGUUUCUGAUAAAACCAUCCAUAGUUUAUGGCUCUCAAGGUUACCAUCUUCAGUACGAGCUGUCUUAACCGUGAGUCAAGAUCAGACGCUAGACAAUCUCGCGAACAUGGCAGAUAAAAUAUUGGAAAAUAUGAAGGGAGAACAGAUUGCUGAAGUCCAUAGUUCCAGUAGUCAACACCAGUUUCCAGUCAGCGAUUUGGUUACUCAGAUGCACAAAAUGAAUUUGGAAAUUGCAUCACUGCGCGAGGAGGUGAAGGACAGGCGACAACAAUACCACCGCAGCCGUUUUCGAGGGUAUGGCCGUGGACGAGGAGGAUUUCGAGGAAGAGCGCGUUCCAGAUCAUCGUCAAGACCACGCAUGACUCCAGAACAUCCAAACUGGUUGUGCAGAUACCACUUUCGUUUUCGUGAGCGAGCUCGAGCCUGUGAAAAGCCGUGUGCCUGGAAAGCGCCAUCUCGGUCAUCUUCACCGGAAAACUAA